GUUGUUGUUGAGGCGCUAUGGUGUGUAAGCUCGGCCUCGAUCUUUUCCCGUGAGUUUCUGUCGCGUUCUGCGGGUUUCAUGUUCCGUGCCACCGAGAUCAAGAGCUUCGGUAAAGCGGGAACCAGCUGGCACUUUCAGAGGACGAUGGAUGAGCUGGUCCAUGAUCUGGUGUCUGCUCUGGAGGAGAGUUCCGAACAAGCCCGCGGCGGCUUCGGUGAUGGUGGCGAUCACGCCCUGGCCGUCGGUUGCCUGCUGAAACGACAGGCGCGCAAGCGCCGUGGCCGGAAACGGCGGUCCGACAACCCUCACCCGCCAUGGGACACCUGCCACCUGAGCGAAGGAUCCGAAUCCAGCUUGGAGGAGCAGAAAGACUACCGGUCCUCCACGACAGCAGGGGGCGCUCACACCCGCGACAGCGAUAGCGACGAGCAGCUGGGCGCGAAACGGCGUACGCCGCUCACCGCGGACUCCGGCAGGGGGAAGAGACCGCUUUGGAUGGAGGAUUUGAGCGGAGCGGACGUUUUAGGAACGUGUAGUUUACGGAGACGUCGGAAAGUCAAGCGCAUGGCUGUUGAUCCGCCACUAGAUGUCGCCACCAUGCUGGCGCCUCCCAGACCGUCCGGAGUGGGUGGCAGCAGGGAGUUUCUGGAGGGGAAAGGAGGUGAAGCGGGCAAAAGCAGGGUGAAGAAAAGGAAGUAUACAGCACAGAGACUCGCACAAGAUGCGGCGGAUGAAGGCGUGGUGGUGGAGAGCGAGGAGGCGGGACAGGCGCCCAAAGACAAGAUGGAAUUUGAGGAGCAUAAGGGCUCAGAUGAGGAGAUGAGUGACAGGUGCGAGACCAGCAGUGUAAGUAACAGCAGUGAUGGGGGUCUGUACACUAACGACGAGGGAAGGCAAGGCGAUGAUGAGCAGAGCGAUUGGUUCUAUGAGGGCGAGCCGGGUGGGGCUUGUGGAAUUGCGGGCGUUGUGCCGUGGUGGGAGAGAGAUUCUAAUGAGCUUGACCUCAAUGACCCCGUAUUCAACAGCAUACUCACUGGAGCAUUCCCAAUAAUGUCACAGGGAUCUCAAAGAGGGUUUCAAGCACGGCUCGCGCGGCAGGCCUGUCUUCAGCAGUCGCAGGGAGCCUCUCAGGGAAUUGUUCCCAACAGACUAUCCAGAUUAUCUCAGGAUCCUCACGACUCGUGGUUCAGUGCUGGGACAAGAAGAGACCAAUUGCUUUGGGAUUCCCGUAGCGACAGAAGCCACAGGAAAAGCUGCUCUUUAAAGACUGCCAGCAGACAGACGAGUGGUCACCUUGGUUCUUUAUGUACUGGAGAUAUAAAGAGACGACGAAAAGCUGCACCGGUAGCAGCCCCUUCAGCCUCAGGUGUGGUGGCGGCUGAGUGCGCUCCUCCGCUCCCCGAGUCAAAUGUGGGAAACCGUAUGCUGCAAAGUAUGGGUUGGACCCCAGGGUCGGGUCUGGGUCCUGACGGCAGAGGAAUCACAGAGCCCAUUCGAGCGUCUCAGAGGCCGAAGGGAGCCGGACUGGGCUUUAACUGAGCUCCACCUGAAAACAAAGAGAGAAACUCGCACUGAGACCCAGGGCCUCUCUCUCCCCAUUAAACUCGCCUUUAACGGCAGCCAGCCAGCAGAGGGCAGCACUGGGGUCAGAUAACUUGAGAUGGACAGAAUGUAUGAAUGAAAGUAAAGACCAGCACAGAGGAGGACUGACUAGAGCUGCCUCACUGCCAAACACACACACACACACACACACACACACCGAUUCAUUUCAACACAGCCGUUAAAGCUCACCAGAUAUGCAACCAUGUGUUAGUUGCUUUAAUUUUUAAAGAUCAUUAUAUUCAAGAAAAUUAAUUUGGCAUUUUUAUUAAUAUUCCAUUAUUUUUCUCUCAAAAUAGUGGAGUAGAAAUGUUAAGAAAAUGAAGCGCAUUUUACACCCAAAAACAUCUUGUUGCUAUGAUGGAAAAUCUGUUAUGAUUAUAAUAAGACCAACUCAUUUGCAUCACUGUAAUACAAAUUGUCACAAUGAUUUUUUUUUUAUUAUUAAAAAUAAGCUGAAAUUAAAUUCAGUGCUUCAAAUACAAGUAUGAUUAUGCAUUUUUACAAUUGUGUUUUACAAAUUCACUUUACAAUUGAAUAUAUAUUUAGUAUUCACAUUACAGUAAUGGGAAUUUGUGCUUAAAAUAUUGGCCUAAAAAUGAUGUCACAAUGAAAACAAAUAUAAUGGUUUAAAAUAGGCUUCAUUUUCUUUAUGGAAAAUUUUCAUUUAUAAUUUUUUACUAUAUAUAUAUAUUAUAAUGUUUUGUUCAAUUAUUGUGGAAUUAUGGCCAGGACAUGUUCUUGACAUGUUUCAUUAGAUACAACCAGUAAUUCAUUCAUACAUUAUAACAAACAAACAGCCAAACAUCAGCACUCAGAGGAUACCAGCUAAAAUUAGCAUUGUUUUAGGUUUAAUUUUUUUUAAUAAUUUUUAGAAUAUUUUAAAUAUUCAUUUUCAAUUCAGAAAGUCUUGUAAAUGUGUUUUAGCCAAUUAGAUCAGUCUAAAUUAUCCUGUGUCUCCUGUAUUCAUUUGAUAUUUGAUUAAGAAAUGUUUUUUAUUAUUAUUAUUACAUUAGAUAUUUCAUAUAAUAUUAUAUAUUAUUUCCAGAUGUGGGUCCUGUUUUUCUAAAUGUUUGUGCAGAUAGGUUGCACUAAUAAUGAAAUUAGUUUUGAUCAUUUUUCCUGCCGCAUGCACUCUCAUGAAAACCGUUCUGCGUGUAUUAUAUGCUGAAAUUGUGCAGAUUGAGUUGAGCAUGAAUAGUUCACCCAGAAAUGAAAAGUAAUUUACUCACCCUCAUACAGGUUUAGAACAACAUGAGGGUGAGUAAAUGAUCACAGAAUAAUUUAAUGAUGACAUUCAUGACUCUUUCCGUGGCCCUCAUAGGGGUUUUGGGGUUAAUUCCGUAUUAGUUACAGUGUGUUAAGCUGGUUUUUGCCUCACAAUUUGAAAUUCUGUGAAAUGCUUGUAUUUCUGGGCAGAGUUUGAGUAGUGAAUAGGAUCAAUGGACUGAAUUGGCUUAAUUAAAAGGGAAUUAACCAUUCAGCACGAUAACACACUUACUGACGAUUGUCAGCUCUGGUUGUCACAGAUGAUUUGUAAAGGUGUAGAUCAUGGCAUUGUUUGGUAAACACUUUAAUGCCUCUUAUCAGCAAUCCCAGAUAUCCGGAGAUACUUCUAACUCCCAGAUAAUCAGAGAUACUUCUAACUCUUAGCAUUAGGUGUGGAGAGACAGGAAGUGUCGUUAGAGCACUUCCUGUCUGGCAUAUGGUUUGUGCAGUGCUGCCAUUUAAAGGGAUAGUUCACUCAAAAAUUUAAAUUCUGUCAUCGAUAAUUCACCUUCAUGUUGUUCCAAACUUGUGUGGCUUUCUUCCUCUGAAAUGAGAUGUUUGGCAGAAUGUUAUGGACUGACAUUCUCAGUCACCAUUCACUUUCAUUGCAUCUUUGUUUUCCAUACAAUAAAAGUGAACUAAGACAAGCAUUCUGCCUAACAUCUCCUCUUGUCUUCCAGGGAAGAGAUAAACUCAAUGUAUUUUCAUUUAGUGUUUAUUAACCCUUUAAUAUGUUGUAAAUGUUGUUUGCACUAUGAUGUUAGAAAUUAGGAUUUUAGCAUGUCAGUUUGUCUGUUCAUGAUCUUUACGACACACCAACUAAAUAAACAUGCCAUAAACAUGCCGACUUUUGGAGUAUUUUGAGAACAAGGAUGUGGUUUCUGUACGAAUGUUAUGAAGUCAAGGUGACAUACUGUUCAUGUACUAUAGAUCGGUAUUAAAGUAUUCUCUG